CCGCAAAUGAAAACCCACAACGAAAAACCAAUCUCCAUGGUCCCCGCGCAAUUGACCAAGAAGCCGUCCAAGCUGCAUGCCACAGCCACAAGGACCCUUCGCUUCCUCGUGCUCGUAGUGAGCAUCUCAUGUUCACUCUUGGUUCUCGUGGACAUCGUCGGCAACAACUGGGAACUGAACGACUUCACUGGCAACGCCAAGCACUUUUUAACGCCGCUCCUCACCACGUUCUCGAUCGACGAACUGGUCCAGACGUAUGCGUUUCCCACAGACUCAUCGCCAUGGUCGGCCUCCAACGGCGGCCGUUUCAUGAUCAAUUCCGCAUUGAAUCAAGUCCACGACUUAGGGGGAGAUUAUUAUCACCUCACGCUCGGGUCGCACACCAUCGACACGCCCGAGAACAACAUUUGCGGCCAGUUGGUCGAUGCAUACCCCCUUGUAAACACAUCCAAGUCGGUGGUCCGCCUCGGGUCGGUUCAAGAUCAAGUCACGUACAUUCGAGGCACGACGUUGACUCAUGUGUUUGGCGACUCGCUGGGCACCGAGCUUGGUCACUUCGGAGACAACGCGUCCAAACUAGAGUCCCUCGGGUAUGUGGCCGGACGAGUAGGGCUGGACAUGCGGCUCACCACGGCGAUUCCAGUGUCCACCCAAGGCAAAACUGUGACGCUGAACGUGACCAUGUACCGGUUUUUCAGCAAGUCGUUUUGCUCGGGGUGUGCCCCCAACACGGAGCUCGGCAUGGACACGUGCACGAUCGUGUACUCGACCGACGAAUCCACGAACGUACUCCAUGUGCAUUCCAGUGGCGCGAUCUACGGCGAGUCACAUGUUCUGGGCAUCAUCCUCCUCAGACGGUGGGGGCCCGUGCUAUCGCUGUGGCUCCGGGGGCUGUGCAUCCUCGCAGUUCUGGCGGCGUUUGCGGCGAGCCAGAAAACCGUCCAGUGGACCGACACCAUGACAUUCACAUCGUCGUGGGUGAAGCGCAUGGUGCACAAGUUUAGCCCGCCGCAAUACCGGCAUGUGAACAACGCGUUUCACUUAUUAUACUUUUGCUUCAACAGCGACUUUACGGUACUCAUGUUGUCAGUGUCUGUUAUGUUUGACGAAGACAUUGCGAUGGUGUACGGGCGCGUGCUGAGUCGUUGGUCCAAGCCCGCGUCGUUCCAGUUGUGGACGCAGUUGCGGCUAUACGCGCUCGACUUUCGGUGGAUGUGGUUCAACCUGGCGAUCCUCAAGCUUUUAAAACUGGCGUGCAACCUCGUCAAUACCGCCAGGUUCAACGGCCACAACGUCGUCAUGGGGUGGCUUAACUUUCGCAGCAUCACAUGGGUGUACCUGACAGUGUUUGUUCUAUUUGAACGGAUCGACUACACCGAGUACGGCAACUCGAUCCGUGUGGACGUGACGCCGUUGGAGGACGACUUGGACGCGAUUUUUGUCGAGUUUGAGCACAGCUGGUACAUUCGCGGCCUGCCGUCGCUGGCGAUGCUCAUGCUUGGCAACUUGCUGCUCGUGCUGUGUGUUGACCACGUUGUGAACCGGCACUGGUGGGUACUCGUAGCAAAGACGUCUCUCGGCCGUCAGCACAUGUACAACUCGUCGUCCAUUAUCACCGAUUCGGGACUGCAUGUGUCGGGGGAGGGCGGCGGGGUCGCUGCCACGAUCACAAUCAAAGCGCGCACCAUGUCGACCAUGCGGUGGUACUUUACGAGCCACUUGCUGUGCUUUGGCCUGGCGGAGGAGCCGACUGCGUUGAGGAAAACGUCGACAACAAACGGCGCCAAGACGCCGAUUUCGAUCCACGUUGCGUCAGAAGCUAAGCUGGACAAGGUGACGCCGUCGUCGGCAACAACGUUCGAUGCGAUGGGCGACGUACACUUUUUGGUCCAAGAUCAAGAAGGGCACGUACAUUUGAUCGACGCGGACAAGCGCGAAGUGCAAGCGCUGGGUGUGGAAGUCAAGAUCCUUCGAGAUUCGCAAUUUACACUUGGAUAACAAGUCCAAAGUGGUUUAAAUUAUCGGUAGAGGUUAAUUGGAGCAAGGGGUAUUUAGGUGCGCCGCGGUCAACCGAAGAAAUCUCGUGAACUGUCGAGGGGAGAUUAUUGGUCACGGACGCUAGCGGUUGGUAUUAUUCACCAUAUCAACACCAUGCAAUAAUAUGGAUGGGAGGAUGAAUGUGACCAAAGGAUAUGUUUUGCUUGCACAUAAUGC